GGAUCCUGACAGUACUGAAUUGAAGAGUUAGAUCAUUUAACAUUUUUUCACCAUUUGUAAUGGUGCUUUUCCAUUGCAUAGUACUCCGCGGGUCGGGUUGUGUCAGCUCACUUUACCUUGGCUCGGUUGGCUUUUCUAUUGAGUUUUAUCAGUUUUACCACCUGUGACUUUUGACCCGGUUUCGACCGCCCCAUUUCAACGAAAUCCAGCUUUAAAGAAACACACACGUGUAACUCUGCUGCUACCCCAGAAAAACAAACUAUACAAACUUAAGCUUGACAAGUAGAGGAUGAUAAAAAAGUUUAUUAAAUUAUAAAACAACCUUUUUGCAAAAUGCUAAACAAAGUUCUCUACAUCAUCUACAUCAUUCAAUUUUGUGUUUCAAUGGACAAAUACUGACAUUUUAAAUGCUACACUUACUUACAGACACCAAGUGCUUGCAUGUGAAAACACUAGCUUAUUUGUUUACUUAGACAUUACAGUUUUUCUGAAUUUCUAAAACAUUAAACCCUCUGAAUCAAAUUCCCAGUGGCCUAAAUCCAUUUGUCAAAUCAAUCACUCUUUUGGCAAAACCUUAAACAAGUUUAGGUAGUUAGACUCUAUUGCAAAACUCAUGGACUUUUUUUUGCAAAACUUUCAACACAAAACCACAUUUCACAAUGCAGACCACCCACGCUGAAUGCAACUACAAUAAAGUUUCAUAGAGAGACAACAUCUAAAGAUUGUUUACACUUUUUAAUUAUUGUUUUACCAAUUGCACACAAUAUAAACCAACUGAAUGUGGACUGGUGUGAAAAAAAAUCAUGGCUGUGUAUAUUAUUUUUUUUAAAGGACUGACAUAUGUGUUUGUCGGAACCAUUAUCUCUUGUAGUAUUUUAAUAUUUUUUGUAUUCCAGUUACUGUGAUGUCUUUUUGUAAAGUCUUGGGACAGACUGGUAACUUUGCAUUGCUUCAGUAUGUAUUUUCUUGGCCAAUUGAGGUGUUCUUAAUACUGUAGAUAGUUAAUGUCUUACCUUUUUACUUUUAAACAGAAUGUGUGUUCAUGAUGAUACAGGAAGUAUUGGUUGAUUAGUACAUCUGAUAUAGGCCACACAGGCCAAGUAUAUUGUACUCGUGAUUCUGUUCACAUCACACAUCAUCAGCAGUUCUACAGGAUCCAUGAAUGUGACAUUUUAACAAUCUGUUUUCAGCACAAAUAUUACACUGGUUACACCCAUUUUCGCAUUUCUGGUGUGUUUUUCUCCAAAGGACUGAUCUUAUUUUAAUGAAGAGAUGGAUAAACUCAUUCUUUUCAUUUUUUUGUUACAAGGUGUUUGGUGUGGAGAUUGGAGCAUCAGUCUGCCAGAGAAGAUUGAAGCUCUGAGUGGAUCCUGUGUGACCAUAAACUGCACAUUUGAUAUUGAUAAGAUACAUGAUAAUGAUCUCACUGACAGGGCUGCAGGAGUGUGGUUUAAAGAUAACACUAAAGACAAAAAUAUUGUGUUUAACUCCAGCAACUCCAAACUCUCUUUUAAAGGGAACAUAACUGGAAAAUUAAAAGACAAGAACUGUACUACCAUUUUUAAUCAUGUUACUUCAAAUCACAAAGGCACAUUUUACUUCAGGAUUGAGGGUAAUGAUGGACUGAAAUAUACCUAUACACAAAAAUCAGUUUCAAUAGAUGUGAUCGCCUCUCCCCCCAAACCCACAGUGCAGAUGUUUAAGGAUCAGAUGGAGGUUAAGGUUCAUGAGGAGGUGUUAGAGGGGAGCUCUAUGUGUCUGCGCUGCUCUGCUAAGACUCUCUGCUCCUCUUCUCCACCAACUCUCACAUGGAGCUCCACUGACAGACUCCACCUCAAUGAGAACAGCAGACUACAGCUGGAUCAACAGAAUCAAACUGAGAUCAUCUCUGAUCUGAACUUCACUGCUACUCACCUUCAACAUGGAGUCACUUUCAUCUGCACUAUAACCUACCAGAUACAGCAGAGGAACACAACAGCACAGAGCAACAUCACAUUACGUGUUCAGUAUGCUCCUAAAAACACAUCAGUGUCUGUGUUUCCAUCUAACUCUGUACUGGAGGGCAGUUCAGUGACUUUGAUCUGCAGCAGUGAUGGAAAUCCAGCAGUGUUCAACUACACCUGGUACAGAGAGAAUGGAGGACAGCUGCGGACUGGAUCUAAUCUCACCUUCAAUGUGACUGAUCGUACACACACAGGACGCUACUACUGUAAAGCCAAAAACCAACAUGGCACCCAAAAUACAUCAGUGUUGCUGGACAUUCAGUAUGCACCCAAAAUCUCUCUCUUCAGCUGUAACAGAACUGAUGUAACUGUGUGUUUGUGUGAGGCUCAUGGGAAUCCCUCUCCUAAAGUGAAGUGGUUUCUAUCUGGACGUCCUGUCAGUAACUCUACAAACACAUUUAUCAGUGAGGAGCGAUUGAACAGCACAGACUUGAGGAGCUUCAUUUCUCUCCAUCAGUCACUUACACACACAGACACUCUGCAGUGUGUCACCAACAACACUCACGGCAAUGCCAGUCAACAGAUUCAAAUGGUUUCCAGUCCUCAGAAGACAACAGGUAUCAGUGUUUUCUAUGUGCUGAUCGCAGCUGCUAUUGGAGCUACAAUAAUGAUAAUCUUGUUUGUCAUUAAACAUCUCUGUAAACGAAGAGAAAAAAGCAGAUCCUCAAAGACAAGACAAGAAGACAUCAGUGGACUUAAUCUGACUGACAGGGAGAAUGAAGAACCUGUUUAUGCCAAUACAUCUGUAUUGUCACCUGCUGAAGAAACUUCACUGAAUUACACAGAAUUAUACCUUUAUUAUUCCUCCAUUGACUUUACAAACACCCAAAUAGAGUCAGAAGAGAUCAGGGGCGUCUCCUCACUUACUACUGUCUAUGCUGAUGUCCGACAUUUGGGACAAGAUGAAGCAAAGAGCUUUAACAUCAGUACAGACACUGAGCAAGAUCAGACAAAGAAAACUUACCCAGAUUUAAAGUCAGGCAAAGUUUCUGAUCUUUAUGCUGAAGUAAAAUAUUGCCAUCCAAAGAAUAAAAAAUAGGUCACUUUCUAAAAUGUCACAUUUUAUGCCAUGACAUAUUUUAAACAGUCAUUGAAAAGAUAUUCCUACAGAAACUUUUAAAUGUAAAAUAAGGAAUGAGAGCCAGUGUUUGUUUUAUUUGGUCCUUGAUUGCAGUAAUUGUGAACAAUGUUAAACAAAACAAACAUCAACUGUUUAUUGUUGUGCCAUUAACUUAGAAAGUACAGAAUUAAUCAUAAAUUAAAAUUAAUGUUGAAUAAUU